AAUAGAAAUUUAAAAAUCCCGCGAUAUACAUAUUGAGUUGUUCUUGGUUUCCCGCCAUAGUGCGCCAGCCACCGUUACAUGACAUUUUAGUUUGUCUGAGAACAUAGAGGUUUAUUGAAUUUCGUCAAAAUGUCUGAAACUAAUGAAAAUCCGGCUGAACAAGAGCAAAAUGCAGAGGAUUCCGACGUAGUAACAUUGACUUUAAACGAUGUCCUGGAACUUGAAGAGGAAAUUUACGAAGAAUCUGCUGCGGUAUUGGGAGCUUCAAGUAGCAAAUGUUGUUCAUAUCCAGAUGGCUACAUUAAACGCCAGGCAUUGUAUUCAUGUCUUACAUGUAUACCAGAAGCAAAAACUGACAUUGAAAAAUCUGCUGGGGUUUGUUUGGCUUGCACUUUCCACUGUCAUGAUGGUCAUGAACUGAUUGAAUUGUAUACGAAACGAAAUUUCCGUUGCGACUGUGGAAACACAAAGUUUCCAAAUGGCAAAUGCAACUUGUACAGUGACAAGAAUCCAGUGAAUGAUAUGAAUUUGUACAACCAAAACUUCACUGGUGUUUAUUGUACUUGUCACAAGCCAUAUCCAGAUCCUGAGGAUAAUAUUGCUGAUGAGAUGAUUCAAUGUGUGGUGUGUGAAGACUGGUAUCACACCAGACAUUUAGGUGUUCCUAUGCCUAAAAAUUUUGCAGAAAUGAUUUGUGAAUCUUGCAUAAAAGAUCAUGAAUUUUUGUUGCAUUAUGACCAAUUUGGUUGUGAUAAAGAAACUGAUGAAUCUGAAAAUGUCGAAGUGGAAAAAGAAGACAACACUAAAGAGACUGAAAAAGAAAGUGAGACGUCAUAUCCUGGAUGCAAAAAGCCUAAAACAAAGUCUGAUAAGGUCACAACUAAAUUUUUCAAUGAAUUUACUUGGAGGAAAGAACUUUGCACCUGUGAUGAUUGCUUAAAAAUGUAUGAAGAUGAAGAAAUAACUUUUCUUCUGGACUCUGAAGACCCAGUUCAUCUUUAUGAAGAAAGGGCAAAAGCACAAGCUAAAGAAGUAACUGAAGAGAGUGAGAAAAAAUUACUAAAUUCACUACCAAGGGCAGCUCUAUUGGACACCCUCACUGCUUACAAUGAUCUGAAGGACUCCUUAUCCAAGUAUUUGCAGAAAUUCGCCGAGAACAAAAAAGUUGUUCGCGAAGAGGACAUCAGAGAAUUUUUCGAGGAGCUUAAGGCUAACAAGAGGCAACGUACCGAAGUUUAGAUUCUGUUAAUUUAUCCUGAAAAAAUUAAAAGUAAUUUUAAUGUUAUAUAUACAUUUAAAUAUAUCAAUAUUCAUUCUA